UAAUCUUUAGGUUUCAUAGAUUUCAAUAAAUAGUAAAUACGUAUAUCUAUUAUUCAAAAAUUUUAUAUACAGAUAUUGUGUAAAAAGGGUUAGGAAUUGUAUUUUGCAUUUUUGCAACAUGCGUUCAGAUAAAGGACAUUUAGGUAAUUUUAUUCUUGACAAUGAAAAGAAUGAAGAAAGUGAUGAGAGUGAUGAUAGUAUACAAACAUCAUCAGAUGACAGCAGUUUGAGCAGUAGUGAUGAUGAAGAAUUUCCUGAUUCGAAUAAUGCUCAUACAAGUUGUAGCAUAGAACCAACUUUAUUAAAUACAAAUGAGGACGAAGAUGAAGUUGUAAAAGCAAUAAUUAGAUCAAAAAAUAUAAAUACAAAUCAUCCUCCCGCUAUUACAACAGAAGAUCAUGUGGUAGAUAUAUGUUUUCAUCCUAAUUCAAAUAUGAUCGCUGUAGCUAAUAUUGUUGGAGAUAUACAUUUAUACAAAUACAACAAUACAUCAACAGAGUUGAUGUCAACUUUAGAAUUGCAUCUGAAAGCAUGUCGUGACAUAGAAUUUAAUGACAGUGGUACAACUUUAUUUUCAACUGCUAAAGAUUUAUGUAUAAUGCUCACUGAUGUACAAACUGAAAAGUUAAUAAGACUUUAUGAAGAUGCACAUGAGGAACCAGUAUAUACAAUGACAGUAAUUGGAGAACAUAUGUUUGCAACUGGAGAUGAUAAUGGUAUAGUGAAAGUAUGGGAUCUUCGAGAUCCAAAAGAACUACCUAUAUUUACAUUAAAAAAGAUGGAAGAUUAUGUGAGUGCUAUAGUAACAAACAAAGAAGCAAAAUAUUUAGUUUGUGCAAGUGGAGAUGGAUGUCUUACAACAUUUAAUAUUCCAGGAAAGAAACUGCAUGUUCAAUCAGAAGAAUAUGAAGAGGAACUGAUAUGUCUUGGUUUAUUUAAAUCUGAAACAAAACUUUUGGUGGGUACAAGUAAAGGAAAACUGUAUGUAUAUAAUUGGGGAGAAUUUGGUCUACAUUCAGAUGAAUUUCCGAAUUUAACUAAAAAAGCUAUAAACUGCAUGAUUCCAAUUACUGAAAAUGUUGUGAUAACAGGUGGAGAAGAUGGAAUACUUAGGGCUAGCAGUUUGUUUCCUCAUAAUCAUCUUGGAAUAGUAGGACAACAUAAUCUUUCUAUUGAAGCACUUGAUGUUAACAGCGAUGGUACUUUAAUUGCAUCUUCUUCACAUGAUAACGAUAUCAAGUUUUGGAAUGUACAGUAUUUUGAAACUUUAGAUGUUAAUGAGCGUGUGAAAGGUGGGAAGCAGAAGCAAUUAAAACGUAAUCUUCCAAGUAGUAAAAUUGAUAAUGUAUCUAGCUUUUUUUCGGAUCUUCAAUAAAGAAGAUAAUAAAUUA